AUGUAUCUCUUCCAGCCGGGGCCCCGUUACGAACAGGGCCGCGUCUUCCUUUUGUCGGGCCAGAGCCUGACGUUCCUGUUGAAGCCCGGCAAGCAUGCCAUUCACGUCCGUGACGGCGGCGGCGGCGACGUCUUCGCAAAGCAUGUCGGUAUUGUGCCUCUCGGUGAACCCAGUGUCAUCACGACUCAUGGCCUUGAAUGGGAUGUUGAGAACUGGGAAACACACCUUGGCGGUCGCAUCAGCACCAGCAAUCACGUGCUGCCAGAGACCAAGACGGUAAUAGUCGAGACGACGAAUCAGGUCAUCUUCACCAUUGCACUUGCGGGGACGGAGUAG